AUGCAGGUGAUCCCUGGCCAGCAGCCGCCAUCUUGCAGGGUCUGUGCCACCAUCGCUUCGCAGGAUUGGGGAAGCAUCGGCUAUCAGAUGGAUCAAGGCGAAAUUCGCUGGGCCCCAAACUCCUCGUGCUCGCUGGACGAUUCCGUCAUCGACAGCUACGAGGUUUGGAUCGUCGACUCCUGCGGGCAGAAGCUCGAGCUGGUGGGUUCCCUCAGCCCUCGGAUCCAGGUUUGGACAGCCGAGAUGCUCGAAUGUUGCCAUCCUUCGUGGUAUGCCCUCCCGCUGGGUGGCCUUGUGCUGCCACCGGUUUCUGUAGGUUUCCUCAUUGUGCCCUUCCAGGGCAACAGGUCGUUUCCGGGAGCGAUGCUUCCCGUCUACCACCGUGUGCAGACCAGCACUACAUCCUCGUCUAGUUCAACAUCCACUACCUCAACCUCCAGUACUUCCAGCUCGAGUUCUUCAACUUUAAGUACUACAACUUCCGGCACUUCCACUUCUUCCAUUUCCAGCAGCACGACGAAGAGCACCACAACUUCCGUAUCCGUUACAUCCACGACCUCGGCUACGACGACCACGUCGCUGACUUCGACCUCCAUAACAUCGGUGACCACGACCUUCACGACGAGGACCUUCACCUACACGAUUAUUCCUGGAGACUGCCCUUUGCCACUGACGGAUGGUUCGCAAGAUGCGCUGGACUGCCUCUCCAGAACACCCGGUGAGACGUGUGAAGUCGUUUGUGCCGAAGGCUUCGACGCAAAUGCCACGACCCUGACGUGCGGCGAGACGGAAAUCUUCGAAGGUCCACUUCCCACGUGCACGAGACGCUGUAUCGCAGGCUUGCCUGGCGGCCUAGGCAUUGUCACCAGUGACUGCGACGGCAAAGUGAACGGCCAGAGAUGCGAGGUCUCCUGCGACGUUGGCUUCACUGGUGGGCCCGUGGAGUACUUGUGCAAUUCGGCCGGCUUCUUUGAGGGGCCCGGACUGGAAUGCGCGGUGCCGACCUGCGCAGAGGAGGAUCUGCCCAGUGGCUUCGACACGACCGACUGCGCGAACACAGAGCUCUUCGGGUUUUGUUUCGUCCGCUGCCCCCCUGGUUACGCGUUUAACGAAGCAGUCUUCCUCUGUCAAUCUUCGGGCAUUUUCUUGGGCACAGCUCCCGAAUGUCAACGGCUGAGCUGCGGUUCCAACCUGCUGCCGCAGCAGGUGGGCCUGAAUCUCUCUGAUUGCCUUGGAACCUUCGCCGGAAGCUCCUGCCUGGUCUCCUGCGAACUUGGCUAUGAAGGCGAGGCUUCGGUCUUUUCCUGCUCCCUUGACGGGACCUUCGACGGGCUGGCACCGUCCUGCGCGCGGAAGGUGUGUCCCAUCCCUUCCCGGCUGGUCGCCCCCGAACUCUCCACUGACUGUGCGGGCGUACAACAUCUCGACCGCUGCAUUGGCCGAUGCAUGCCGGGCUUCACCGGUUCGCCCACUGAGCUGCGCUGCUUUGACGGCUUGCUGACGGGGCCAACCCCGCUCUGCCUCCCGAACACCUGCUCCCUCUUCGGCUUCAGCCUGGGCAGCGGCGUGAACGUGACGGACUGCGUCGGUGCGAGGACGUCGCAGAACUGCAGCCUGGACUGCGAGCGGGGCUACUUCCCCGUCGGUGUCCCGGAGAUGAGCUGUCAGAGUGACGGAAGCUUCCUGAGAGGCGGCAACUUCUCCUGCCUUCCGACACCCUGUGGCGGCAUCUCCAAGGUCUCCCCCUUCGACGAAGCCCGGUUCGGGGACUCCUGCGUCAGCCAGAGCUUCGGGGACUUCUGCAGCGUCUUUUGCGAGACCGGCUGGACCAUCUUGGGCAAUGCCACGUUGAUGCUUUGCGACGCUGGACCCAACAGCAGCGCGGGGUACACGGAGUCUUUGAGUCAGAUGCCCGCCGAGACCUCCCAGGGGCCAACGUGUGUCAGCAACCCCUGCAGGAUUGGCCUGCCUAACAUCUUGGGCGUCCAACACGAUUGCCUGGGCAAGACAACCUUGCAGACCUGCACAGUGAACGCCUCAUUUGGAUUCACCAUGGUGGGGCAAAGCUCUGCAGUGCUGCAGUGUCACAUCGACGGCCAGUUUCUCGGGACGGUGCCCGAGGUGAGGACGGCCCAGUGCCCUUCGCCGAACUUCGACGCUCUCAGCGUUGGAAGCACCUGCGAGAACAAGUCGAUCGGAGCCGAGUGCUGGGCUUUCUGCAAGUCGGGAUUUACUGGGGAUCCGCAGCCCUACGAAUGCGUCGCGGACGAGGCUGCCAACGUCAUCGAGGUGCGGCCGGUAGCGGCGAACAUCUCCUGCCAGAGCUCGAGUUCGAGGCGUCUGGGCCUGGGCCAUCUGGACCUCGCUGCACCCGGUGGAGUCGAACCGCGGCGAAUGACAGCUGCAUGCAACCAGCCUGCCGUGGAUGGCUUUGGACUGGCCUUGCCACAGUACGAGCACAGCUGCUCGUCUCUGCUUCACGACGAGGUCUGCAUCGCGCACUGCAGUUUGGGUUGGGACAUGACCGGAUCGGCGACGGUUCUUCUUUGCGACAAUGGAGCCCUGAGCGGCGGCGUCCUGCCGGCUUGCGCGGCACAGCCUUGCUCCUACAACGUCCCAAGUGCGGUCGGACUGCAGCACAACUGCAGCAAUGUCACGACGGGCGGAAUUUGCUUUGCAAGCUGCACGGAGGAGGGCUUCGAGUACUCCUCCGGCGGACCAGAGCUCUUCGAGUGUCUGCCGAGCGGCACAUUCAGUGGAACCCUUCCAGCCUGCCAGCGGCGCAGCUGUUUGGAUUUGGCUCUCGAUGACAGCAAGUUCGCGCACAACUGCCGUGACAUGGUCUUCCUGGACACCUGCGGCGUGACCUGUGCCAAGGGCUGGAACCUGGUGGGCUGGGCUUCGCAGUUCGAGUGUGGCAGUGAGGGAGACAUCACUGGUGUGCCUCCUACCUGCGUUGGCAAUCCCUGCGUGAACAACCUCCCCGUGGACCAGGCUUUCUCUGGCGAGGAUUGCUCUGGAUUGACGACGGGGAUGACCUGCACCGUUACCUGCAAGCCCGGAAGCGUGUUGAACUCGGCAGUCCUCACCUGUGGCAUCGGUGGCUCCUUGGUGGGAGAAUUGCCGGUCUGCCUGCCUGCAACGUGCGCCACCAGCCCGACACUACAGGACCCCUCCGUGGCGCACGACUGUGAGGACGUGGCAUUCGGACAAGGUUGCAGCGUGUACUGUGCAGAUGGGUAUCAGCUGGCCUCUGGGCAGACAGGCGAGAUGUGGCAGUGCCUGCUCGACGGCAGCAGCAUCAGCCUUUCCGGAGUAUUACCCAUUUGUGAGCCUGUGACAUGCCCUGGCUUGACCCAGACCACCAAUGCCUUUGCGGACAACUGCAGCAAUGUUCUAGCCGGCGAGUCCUGUGAGCGACGCUGUGCGAGAGGCUUCCGCACAGUAAGCGGAAGCGGCGGAAGCGUGGAGCGGUACAACUGCAGUGUGAACGGCGGCUUCAACAGCGAUGGAGUGGAAAUACGCUGCCAGCCUGUUUCCUGCAGCACGGACUUCGAGAUCCCACACGUCGUCCACACCUGCGCCGGCGUCGUGGCCGGGCAGAGCUGCUUCGCCUACUGCGCUCCGGGCUACGGCGUACCCCUCCCGGAGGUGGCCUUGCCUUGGCAAGGCUUUGCACGGCUCUGGCAGGUGCUACCGUGGAACUGCUCGGCAGACGACUCGCCAGCGGUGAGCGAUGCGCCGCUGAUUGACGGCUAUGGCUUGCGUGGCAGGGUGCCGGAAUGCGUUCCUCAGAUAUGUGCCUACAACAUCCCCUUCGGACCUCAAUUCUCGCACGACUGCCAAGGCAUUGUGACGGAUCAGAGCUGCAAUGUGAGCUGCGCAGUUGGUUAUGCUGGGCCCAGUGUGACCUGGAGCUGCGGCACGGACGGAGUGUUGAAUGGCACAUACCCGACGUGCUCGCAGCUCCCGGCGACCCGGACCUCCACAAGCACGAGCACAGCGAGCACAGCCACAGGCACCAGCAGCUCCACAACUUCCACCUUCUAUGAGCUGGUGCAGAUUCUUGGGGACCUCGACUUGCUCGCGUCGGCGGGUUUCCUCGAGGACGCGAAGGUGCCCGAAGGGCUGGCCAGGGGCCUCGCCGAGCUUCUGGGCGAAGAGGGCUUGCAGGACGAGGUGCAGGUGACACUGGAGCAGAAUGCCACCCAGGACAGCGUGGUGCAUGUGGCCUUCGUGGUGGACGCGAUGUUCUACAGCUCACAGGAAGUGGAGAGCUUCUUCUUGAGGGCGAGGAACCUUUCGGAGAUGACAGAACCGCAGGUGAGGGCUCUGCUCAACCGCAAUCUCCAAGCGGCGGGCGCCGGACGAGAGGUGAGCAUCCUGAGCCUCCAAGGGAUGCGGCUGCGAGCUUCCACGGAGGCGGCUGUGACCGGGACCGGCAAUCGGGACAUCGAUGUCGUCGUGGUGGAGGGCCCGGAGGCAGAAGCACCGCCGGACAGCUCCAUCGGGGUGGCAUGGUUGCUGGUUGCUGCAAUUCCCGCCAUCGCGCUGCUUUCCGGCGUUCUGGCAUGGUUCUACUGCAAGACAGCAGGGCGCAGUCAGGAGCCAACAACAGCGUCAACAGCGUCGGGAGAGGUGGACUUUGAACAGCCGGAGAGGCUGAUUAUGCCGGCAGCCGGCAAAGCUACGAAGGGCAAAGGCGCCGAGGAGACUUUAGCGGUGGUCGUGGAUUCCUGCGAGGACACGGAGCUGGAGCUCAAGGAGGCCCUCGAUGCUCUCGAUGAGCUCGGCAUUGAUUUCGUGGAGGAGGAUGAGCAGGAGCAGUCUGAGAGACUUCGUGAAGCGCUUGCCGCCGCUGGCAUCGAAGUCCUGGAGGACGACGACCAGUCAGCCAGCAUUGACUUCAAGGACUCGCAGUUGGCUAUCGAAGAU